GCGGCCCCACCGGCGCAGCGGAGCCGGCGCCCGCCGCCGAGAUGGACAACGGCGUGGUCCUCCUCAGCGAUUCGGACUCGGAGGGCGCCCGCUCGCCGCCGCCGCAGCCCUGCCGCUCCCGCCACUCGCUGCCCGCCCCCGCCGUGAGUCCGUGGCUCCCGCCGGGCACGGCGCCGCUGCCCCGCUCAAGAUGGCGGCGCUGCCAUGGCGGGCAGGGCCGGGAGGCGCGCACGGAGCAGCCUCGGGGCAGCGCAGGGGGAGAUCAUUGACCUGACCUGCGAGGAUGCAAACUCAGACCCAACGCCGUCAAGCAGCCUCGGCAUCAUCGACCUGACUGAGGACAUGUGCAGCCUUCUCCACUCCACUCUUGGUGCUGCUCAGAACUCCAGAAACACAGCCCCAGCAGCAGACACGUCCCAUCCCCAGCUCUGCCCCACUGCAGAAAAAGAAACGCAGGCAGUGCCAGAGCCGAGCCCUGCACCAGCAUCUCACAACACUUCUGUGAAGCUCAGUUCCACCAUGGCCACAACAGAAACCAUGGAGAACUGCAGCUGCCUUUCUCCUGUCUCUAGGCACCGCAGCUGGAGCCCGGAGCAGGAUGACAGCACUACUGCCUUUAGCAGCAGCUUGGACUCACAGUCAGACUCAGACUGCCUGUCCCCGUCCCCCCCCAGCCUGGACAGCAACAGCAGCCUGAGAGCUGAUGGCCCAGAGGAAGAUCCUCCCCAGUCCUGCCAGGAAAGGAACCUCCCCCCAAGGCUGAGCCCUGCCCCAACCGUUCCUGUAACAGCAGAAAAGGCCCAAAGGUCUUUGCCAGAAGCAAGUGACUUCCCACCACACCAACCAACCCAGCAAGCCACCCCAGCCAGGACUGAUGCUGACAGCAAGGCCUUGCUGGAGAAACUGCACAACUUCAGCAGGAGUGGAGUCCAGCACCUCUUCCUCCAAGGCAUAGCACCCAGCAGGGACCCACAGAAGCAGAAGCCUGGGCUCAUCCCCAGCGGGAGGCUGAGCAUGGUGCACACCACCAUGGAGGAGAACAGCCUGGAGGGCACCUUGUAUUUCCUGAACGAGUUUGUCUCCUGCCAGCACCGUCCCCCCAAAGAAAUCAUCUGCCACCUGAUCGAACAGAUGCUGUUGGACACCCACGAGAUCAGGGAUAUCCAGAAUGACAUCUAUAUGCUGCUGAUGAAGAUCCAAAUGCUCCAUCCAGCCAGCACUGCCACGGUGGGAUGGGACUGGAGACUGGUGAAAUUCAUCAUGGAGCAGCAGGAGAAGCCCCCUGGCUGGCUCCUCUUCCUGCAGUACGUGGUACAGACCCUGGAGGAUGACUUCCAGCACAAUCUGAAGUCAUACCAGCUGCAGAAGUCAAUUGCCAAGAAAGUGCUUUCAUGUGACUUGUGCUUCAACAAUGUAAAGGAAGUGGUCAAUUGGUUGGUGACAGCAGUUACAGGAGUUGGGUUCUCCCAGCCCCAGGAGCAGCUGCAAGAAGCCAGGGCUGAACACAGCUCAUCUUCACCAAGGCUGGCCAGCACUCAGACAGCUCAGACAGAACAGGCCCAGACAGCUUUCUUUGCCCAAAAGACGAUGCUCCUGCUCCAGCGGAUGUUGUCCAUGGCAGUGGAAGUGGACAGAUCUCCCACCUGCAGCUCCCGUAAGAUUGCAGACGACAUUUUCCCCUUCAUACUGAAUAUCCCCCUGAGGAGCCAAAGGGAAGCGUUAUUAAACACCAUGGAGAGCCAGCUCCUGCGCUGCAGACUGCUAGAGCUGCUAUUCCAGCACAGUUGUGACGUGCCCACAACCUCGUCCAUGUCUCUGGACAAGGUCCUGUAUUUCCUGAGCCACUCCUCUGUGCUGCCACAAUUCCAGGAUGAAACAGCAACGUGGCAAAGGUGGGAUGAGAUGCUGCAGUACUUGAGUUUGCUGCUUCUGAGUUACCAUAGUGUAAAACUGGAGCAUCUGCGGACCUCUGUCAGUGACCGGAUGAAACUGAUUGCUGAGAAAGCCAAGCCCAGGCUCCAGGACAGUGAUGACAUCAGCCAGCUGGACAUUCAGCUGAAGAUGAAUGACUUCAUCAGCAGAAUGCAGAAGACCCUGGGGGAGCCUUUUCCCCCACAAAUCCAGGAGAAAUUGUUCAUGCUGCAGGAGUUGUUCUUCAUUGUCACUGCUGCCUGAUGGAGACAACCACUGCAGCAAGGGAGACAAAAUUUCAUGUUCUCAAGAUAAACCCCCCCAUCUCAUACUGCAAUCUCAGCAUCAUGGGGUUGGUUGAUGCAGUCCUGUUGAAAGACGUUUGGUUUACAUUGUCUCCGAAUUUCCAUUCAAGUUUGCCUUGUUGUGCAGCUCUGCAAAGCACUUUGUACACUUUAAAAAAUGAGUUUUGUUCAUGUUUGCUAAGACACUUUUGUCUUAAUGCCAGCACUGCCCAAAGGAAGUCUUUGCCCCCACAAAUCCAGGAGAAAUUGUACAUGCUGCAAGAACUGUUCUUCACUGUCGCUGCUGCCUGAGGAGACAGCCACUACAGCAAGGGGGACAAAACUUCAUGUUCUCAAUAUAACCCCCCCAUCUCAUACUGCAAUCUCAGUAUCAUGGGGUUGGUUCCUACAGUUCUUUUGAAAGACGUUUGGUUUACAUAGUUUCAGAAUUUCCGUUCAAGUUUACCUCAUGCAAUUUUACAAAGCACUUUGUACAAUUUAAAAAAUAAAUUCUUUUCAUGUUUGCUGAGAGUCUUUAAUCUUGGUGCCAGCGCUGCCCGAAGUCCAGAGCUCUGUCAGAUCACACCACAAGGCCAGGCUUUAAACCCCAGCCUUCCCAAUCUAUGAGAUUCACCUGUGUAAUCAGAGCCACAGCAGCAGCCUGUACCUCAGUACCUGAAUCUGUUCCGUGACUCUGAGCUCAGCUUACACUCCAGGAGCACAGGGAACAGCAGCAUUCAGAGCUCAGACUGCCCCAGCCCAGGUGAGUUAUCCUCCAUCAAAGGGCAGCUAAAAGCACUACAACAGCACCAAAAAAACCACAGCUUUCCAGAGGGGAACUGGACAUCUCUAAGGAAACACCAGCCUAGUUCCCACACCUGUGCCCACCUCUGCAGUACGGGUGGAAACAGCACACAAGCAACAAGAGACAAAAUCUCAGGAACGUGAAUUUGGAUUGCUCAAGAAAACACAAAGAUGUCAGGGCUUGUGCAGAUGAAACUAAACAUAAGACACAACUGAGCCUGGCUGUAAACCCAGUCUCCCUGCGAAAGGGGAGUUUGUGGGCAAAUAUUUCACCCUAGUGAGGUGCUGCCAGAGCCUUAUCCACCAGAACCUUGACCCCACACUCACUGGACAGCCCCAAAUUUCUCCCACAGAUGCUCAGCCAGCACCAACACACACUAUGGACCUCCAUUCCACAAGGAUUUUAUUGUCCUGUAACAAACAAAACAAACAUACACAUUAGGAGACAUGAACACAGUCAACAAAUAAAUUAAUGUCAAAUGAGAGCCUGAUUGCCAAGGUGCAAAUGAGUGGUGACAGAACUGCUGGUUUGGGUGGGGGACUUUCACACAACACAUCACUGGCAGUGCUGCUGAAGCUUGAGAGAAAGCAGUGCUACAAAAUGUGCUGCUUCAGAGGGGCCAGCAGCCAGGCAAGGAAGCCAACCCUGUCUCACCCUCCAGGGAGAAUGUUUGGUUUAAGUGAGAAACCCUGGAGCUCAACAGUUACCACCUGUUAAGUAACCUCUGUAGAAUGUCCUGGCAACAGAGAAGCUUCCACUUCCAGAUGCAAGGCUGCUGCUGGCUGAGGGACUCUGCAACACCAUGGUGAGAUCAGGAGCAGACCUGAGGAGACCCAGGUGAGGAUUCCAGAGCAAUGCUGCCUAUCAUUCUUAGGAGAUUAGAUGGUAGGCAGGAGUUGCUUCCACUUUCCCUGAAAGCUGGUGUUAGUUGUUCCCAGAAACUGGUUCAGACUAGGUCAAGGAUCACAUCCAGCUGUACCUUAGCAGGGAGGAAUGUUCAGCCUUGGUCUGCCCUCAGUCCUCCCCCAGCCCUGCAGAACACACUUAAUGCUGAUAAAACAAAAUACCCUGUCUGAGAAGUGUUCCCAGUGUCUAAUACAUUCUACACAAUUCUAGUGAAAAACAACAAACCAACAAAAACAAAUCAAGCAGCAUCCAGAGUGCCAGAACACGUGCAAAUCUGCUGUCUAAGACACAGGACAGUGCUGUUUUGCAGAACAAAGAGAGGAGAAUCACUUGGUUCAAGCCCACAUCAGCUUUGAUUACUUCCACCUUCUUAGAGGAACAUGAAGAGUUGGAAGAAAAGGAAUUCUUCCUCAUUACUUCAAAGCUCCAUUAGAUUCUGCUCCCUGCCUUUCCAAUGAGAGCAUCUUAGAAUGGUCACGAGUCCCUUUUCCCUUUAAAAAACAU